GACGCCGUCAGACGACGAUGGCGCUCUCCGCGCUCCGCGGCGUCGCCGCCCGGGGCGCCGGUCCGGCGCUCCGACGGCCCGCCCCGGCCAUGAACCUCGCCAUCGGGAGCCGGAGCCGGCGGCCGCUCGUCACCCUCACCCAAAAACACGCCCUGGCGCUCCCGCGGUCCGCGAUCGACGAGAGACGGCGGGGCAUCUGGAGCUUCCUGCGGAACCGCCAGCUCAAGAAGCUCGAGCGCGCCGCGAACGACGCGCCGGAGGACGGCGCGGCGCAGAUGACCUUCGUGCGCGCGCUCGCGGCGGAACAUCCCGAGGCGGCGCUCCGGCGCAUCGAGGCGCUGUCGCCCGCGCAGCACGAGGCGCUCCUCGAGCCGUUGACGCGCGAGUACCUCAAGGCCCUCGUCGCCACGGGCCAGAUGGACACGGCGCCCCUGGCGGACGUCAAGGCGCGGCUCGCGGCCGCGUCGGCGGCGGCGGCGACGGCGGCCAAGGCGGGCGCGGCCGCCGAGGCCGCGGGCGCGGCGUCGGCGGCGCCGCCCGCGGCCGCCGCCGGCGCCUUCGCCGGCGCGUCGACGUCCUUCGUGCCGCCCGUCGGCGCCGCCGCGGCCCUGGGCGCCGCGGGCACGGCCGCGAACCCCGUCCAGGUCGCCGUCGUGCAGGCGGGCUGGCGCCAGCAGCUCUGGCGCACGCUGCGCGUGCUCGCCGUGGCCUUCAUCGCGUUGAGCGCCUUCGGCGCGCUCAUGGACGACCGGGGCAUGUCGAGCCGCCUCGGCGCGGCGUCGACGGCCGUGCACACGGCCGAGAACAGCGACAAGCGAUUCUCGGACGUCAUGGGCGUCGACGAGGCCAAGCAGGAGCUCGAGGAGAUCGUCAUGUUCCUGAGCGACCCGACGCGCUUCACGCGCCUCGGCGGCAAGCUGCCCAAGGGCUGCCUCCUCAUGGGGCCGCCGGGCACGGGCAAGACGCUGCUCGCGCGCGCGAUCGCGGGCGAGGCGGGCGUGCCGUUCUUCUACGCGUCCGGCUCCGAGUUCGAGGAGAUGUACGUGGGCGUCGGCGCGCGGCGCGUGCGCGACCUGUUCGAGGCGGCGAAGAAGCGGAGCCCCUGCAUCAUCUUCAUCGACGAGAUCGACGCGAUCGGCGCGUCGCGCCAUUUGAAGGAGCAGCAGGCGAUGAAGAUGACGCUGAACCAGCUCCUCGUGGAGAUGGACGGCUUCGAGCAGAACCACGGGGUGAUCGUGAUCGGUGCCACGAACAUCGCCGACUCCCUGGACCCGGCGCUGCUGCGGCCGGGCCGCUUCGACCGCCACGUGUCCGUGCCUUUGCCGGACGUCGAGGGCCGGAAGCAGAUCCUGAAAUUGCACAGCGGCAAGAUCCCCCUCGACGCCGACGCGGACAUCGACGCGCUGGCCCGGGGCACGCCGGGCAUGUCCGGCGCGGACCUGUCGAACCUCGUCAAUCAAGCGGCGUUGAAGGCCGCGCUCGACGGGCUCGACGCCGUCACCACCAAGGCGCUCGACUACGCCAAGGACAAGAUCCUCAUGGGCGCGGAGCGCCGGUCCGCCGUGCUCACGAAGGAGACCAUGAAGAUGACGGCCUACCACGAGGGCGGCCACGCGCUCGUCGCCAUGCUCACGUCCGGCGCGGACCCGGUGCACAAGGCGACGAUCAUGCCCCGGGGCCAGGCGCUCGGCAUGGUCCAGCAGCUGCCCGAGGGCGACCAGACGUCCAUCUCCCGCAAGCAGAUGCUCGCGCGCAUGGACGUGUGCAUGGGCGGCCGCGUCGCCGAGGAGCUCAUCUACGGCGCCGACGGCGUGUCGUCGGGCGCGUCGUCCGACAUCUACCAGGCGACGCGCCUCGCGCGGAACAUGGUCACGAAGUGGGGCUUCUCCGACGAGGUCGGCGUCGUCUACCACAGCGGCAAGUGGAACGCCGACGACGCGCCGGCGCCGGAGACGCGCGCGGCCAUCGACCGCGAGGUCCAGAAACUGCUCACGGAUUCGUACGGUCGCGCGACGAAGCUCCUCGUCGACAACCGCGCGCUCCUCGACGCCGUCGCGACGACGCUCAUCGACCGCGAGACGCUCACGGGCAAGGACCUCCAGGACCUCGUCGCGUCCAGGUCGCGCUCGAGGAGGCCGCGCUCAACGAGCCGCUGGACCCGAGCACGUGGGGCAAGAUCCCCGCGGCCGUGCCCGAGGGCGCGGCCGUCGACUGCAGCGGCGCGCCGCCCGACGGCUACCCGACGAAGUGGGCCAUCAAGGACAUCGUCGCCAACUGGAACCCCGACGACAUGGUCGUGCCCGACCAGAUGUACCAGUCCGUCUGCCGCUUCGACUACGCCACGGAGCUCGCGCAGGCGAUUCGGUACCGCGACGCCGAGGUGCCCUUCCAGCUCUACAACGUGCCCGCCAUGAACGAGAUCGCGCGCAAGUGGGCCGACCCGGCCUACAUGCGGCGCAAGCUCGGCGCGUCGACGAAGUACAAGUGCGAGGCGUCGAACCCCGGCGGCGAGGUGAACCACGGCGCGAACCACUUCAUGUACACGAACGGGCGCGCGGCGAAGAACCCGCCGAUCAAGAACGUCAAGCUCUCCUGGGACGACUGGCUCGGCAAGGUCGAGGCGGCGAAGAACAAGUCCAUAUUGGAACCCGACAGCCGUUUUUACUUCCGGUUCUCCGCGACGUCCGCGUCCGACGCGGGCUCGGGAUGGCUCUUCAAGGAGCUCACGUUCUUCCAGCCCAAGCCCAACAUCUUCUUCAAGGAGCCCAAGCAGCAGCGGGGCAUCCACUGCCGCUUCGGCAUGACGGGCGUCAUCGCCGAGGCGCACUGGGACGGCAGCCGCAACAUGGUCGGCCAGUUCUACGGGCGGCGCCGCUACGUCCUCGUGGACCCCGACGACUCCUGCGACAUGUACCUCCUGGCCAAGAACCACCCGUCGGGCCGCCACUCCGAGGUCGACUGGUCGAACCCGGACUCGUGGG